AUGCCUGUUCGCAGAAUGACGGGUCGUUUAUCUUGUGGUCGUGACUAUCAUUGCUGUCCCGACAUUAAUACGACGUUAGACAAUGUCUGUAAAUCUGGGUUUGAUUUUGUAUGCCUACCAAUAGUGAAUCCAAGAUACAAGAGGGAAUUUAUCUAUGGCCCUGCAAAGGACAGGCCUGGAGCCAUGACCCGUUCAGACCUGGUAUUAACUGGACAAGAUUGGAACACUCUCAUUGUGGGCAAGGUUUCCCCAUGGAUUCAACUGGAUUCAAAAGUAGAGACCAUCAGGAAGAACUCAGAAGUGGCUUUCAAGCAAGAGCUGGCUUAUGCCUCACAUUUGGGUCUGCCUGCCAUACUCAUCUCCCUACGUAACAAGAAUGUGAGCAACGUGGCCAGGUGUCUGAACCAGCAGCUUAUAUCCAGCUACUUCCAACAGCAAUACUGGAUUCAUGUUCCUCUGAUGUCUGCCCGAGAUCAGGUUGACUGUCUUAUUGAGGGUGAAGAGGAGAAAACAGAGGAGCAGAUAGAGGAUACAUGGGAAUGGUGGCACACAUUCCGGACAGUGUGUGAUGGUAACAAGAGAAUAAAGGUGGCUUUAGAGCUGUGUGCUAACCUCCCUCCAGAUCAUAUCCUUGACCGAUGGCUAGCAGAACCAGUCAAGUGUGUCCACAUCUCAACCAGUCUGUUCAUGACUAACAAGAAAGGGUAUCCUGUGCUGUCGAGGGCUCAUCAGGCAUUUCUCUAUAAACUCUUCAGGUUGGAUGUCCAGUUGGUCCUGACUGGUGUGGAGCGUCACCUGGACAAGGGAGUCCAUGCUUACCAGCAAUAUCUUGACCAUUUGUUCCAGACUCAGCCUGCUCCUGAUCCAGUCACUCAGUUUGCUAAAGGUUAUGAGGAUUAUCUACAGUGUCCAUUACAGCCAUUAAUGGACAACCUGGAGUCACAGACUUAUGAGAUUUUUGAGAAGGAUCCUGUGAAAUACUCACAGUAUCAAAAGGCAAUCUAUUGUGCUUUACUGGACAAAAUACGUCCGGAGGAUAAAGAUACCAAGAGCAUUGUGUUAAUGGUGGUGGGAGCUGGCCGAGGACCACUUGUAAGGGCUGCUCUAGCAGCAGCCCACCAGGCUGACCGUAAAAUACGUAAACUCUACGCUGUGGAAAAGAAUCCCAAUGCUGUUGUUACUCUGGAGAACAUGAAAGAUGAGAUGUGGGGAGACCAGGUGGAUGUGAUAUCCUGUGAUAUGCGUCAGUGGCAGGCUCCAGAAAAGGCAGAUAUACUUGUCAGUGAGCUACUUGGAUCAUUUGGGGACAAUGAACUUUCACCUGAAUGUUUGGACGGGGCUCAGAGAUUCUUACAAGAUGAUGGGAUCAGCAUUCCCUGUGAAUAUCAGUCCUACCUGGCACCUCUCCAGUCAGAGAAACUCCACAAUGAGGUCAAAUCUUGCAAGGAAAAGGACAAGCCACUAGAGUACAACUUUGAGAUGCCGUAUGUAGUACGUCUCCACAACUGCCAGCUGAUUGCAGAACCACAGCCUGUCUUCCACUUCCACCACCCUAAUCGGGACAAAGUGAUAGAUAACUGCCGUUAUGCCACACUGGAGUACACCGUAGAGGAGAAUUCCGUGCUACAUGGUCUGGCUGGAUAUUUUGAUACCAGACUUUACGGUGAUGUGAUGCUUAGUAUUCUUCCUUCCACUCACUCUACAGGCAUGUUCAGCUGGUUCCCCAUCUUGUUUCCUAUAAAGACACCUCAAUACUUGAAGAAGGGAGAAACCCUUUCUGUAGACAUCUGGCGUUGUGUGAGUACCAAGAACGUCUGGUAUGAAUGGCUCGUCACCAAACCUCGCGUGAUUCCUAUCCACAAUCCUUCUGGACGUUCCUACACCAUUGGACUAUAACACUGCUGAUACACAUUGUAAAUCUGGGGAACAGACUUGGCCUAUCUUACCUGUGUACAAACAAUAUAACAGUUUUGUUGAUGUAUUAGUGACAGGGGAGACUUUUGUACUCUCUAGAAAAAUGUAUCGCGCUAUUUAAUCAAUCUCUACUCUUAUCUCAAUUUCUAAAACAAAAAACAAUGGUCUCACUUGUUGAAACGUGAAGAUUGUAAUAAUGGAAAUACCUGACAUGUGUCUAAAUAUUAAAAUGUAAAUGUCCAUUAUUCAGAUGGAAGAAACAUAGAACAUAUGUUCCAGUGAAGACAGAUUACAGUAUAAUCUGUAGUGUGUUGUAGUGAUCCACUGAAAGCAUAUGCUAGAAAUAACUGGGUUUCAUGAUAUCAGUAACAGUUUCCGGAUGUGGUUAGGAAUUUUACAUUACAUCACCCCUUUAUUAAUGAUUUUGCCAAAAUUGAAAACAAAAUUAGGACUUUGCUUUUUUCAGGAAACAAAUUCCAGUAGUUAGAAAUUACUUUUUGAUAAUUCUCAAAACUGUCUGUACAUCAAAAACUAGCUUUACAUGAAGUGGUACUUCCUUAUUAUCGUCAUGUGGUAAUGCGAAAUAUGAGACAAAUUUUUGUAAACAAAAUUACAACUUGAUAUUAUUUUUUAUUGUAGUUUCUGAAUAUACAUUGUAUGAGUGUAAUUUACAUGACCACUAUUCAUUUAUAUCUAAACAUAUUUGAAAUAGCAUUAUUCUAAAUACUUAUAUGUUGACCCUGUCUUUGCUGAACAAUUAUCUUUUAACAGUUCAAACAGAGGCAAUGACAGCCGAGUGCUGUACCGUAUUGAUACAGAGCAAAAGUAUUUGUUUUAUGUCAUUGUUAGUUUCUAGAUGGUACUAGGAAAUAGUAAUACAGAUGU